AUGCGUUCGGCUCGUUGAAAAAGUGCCCGUGUGCCUCUUGUUUCAAUUUUGAAUUUCAAAUAUUUUCUUUUGAAUUUUGACUUUCGAACUCUUUUGAAUUCACAAAACGCGCGCUCGCCGGUCAACAAAAACAAACCAAACAAAAAUCAAAAAUACUUGAUUUCACGAUUUUCUUUACUUCGUUUUUUUUUUUUUUGGUUGCUUUUUUUUUUGGAUUUUUGGGGAAAGCAAUUUCCCAAAUGCGUGGAAACUGUGGAAAAUCGCCAGUCAGUCAGUAGUUGAGGGCAGACAAGCGGUUUCCAUAGUUCAAAGUGCAACCACAACACAGAACAACAAUUAACGAAAUAAAUCAAGUGUGAACAAAAAGUGUGUAGCAUAAAAUCUUUUUUGUUGAGUGACAAACGUCGUGCUUCAAAAUGCCGCUCUAUUCGGAUUCGAGCAAUUAUUACUACAGCGGCGGCAGCAGCCAACUUUAUUCGCCGUAUUACAGCAGCAGUAGCAGCAGCAGCAGCAGCCCUGGCAGCUAUACGUCCAGCUAUAAUCGGGCCUAUCCAGGCAGCUAUAUGGUGCCAUUGCUGCCCUCGCCCCGCUCGCCCAGCUACACCACGAGCAGCAGCAUCGUUGGCAGCGGUGUUGUCGGCGGCAGCAGCAGCAACAGUCUGCUCGGAUUGUCGUCGCGUUAUCAGCCCAAGCUGACGACCAUAACAGAGACAUCGGCCCUAACGGGUCGACACAGUGGCCACAGCAGCCUGAUGCCCCUGACGCGCAUUCAGUCGCCCAAGUACAGCUCAGUGUCGAGCUACGGCAGCAGCAGCAGCAACAGUAGCAGCAGCAGCAGCAGCAGCCAUCGCUAUAUACCGCCUAGACCGAUAGCAAUCAAUACAGCGGACAUCGAUGUGAGUUCAGCGAGGUAUCAUCGUCGCUCAGCGGAGCCAGAGCCAGCUGCAGUUGUGGAGCGCAAGCAGGAGAAGCAAGCUGAACCACAAGAGGAGCAACAGCAGCAGCAACCAGAAAAGCAACAACAACUCGAACAAGAGCAGCAGGGACAAUCGCAAGCUCCGCCUAGACGCUCGACAAUACGACGCAAUCGUGCUGUGGUGCGUCUCUCGACCAUCAGGCGACGCAGCAAGGAACGCAACAGCGAGCAACAGCAGCAGCAAUCUGAACAACAGCAGCAGCAACCACAACAACAGCAGCAGCAAGAGGAACAUCAAUUUCGUGAUCUGCCGCCAGCAGCUGAGCCAAGUCUCAGUUGGAGACAAAAACUCGCCGAUGAGUUGGCCGCAUUCCCAGCGACGAGCAACAAAAAGUCACCCGGAGAAUUGCUGCGCGAACGUUUCUACAUACACGAUGAGAAGCAACAGCUGGCGGAGAUGCGUCAGCAGCAAAAGCAGCAGCAACAACAACAGGCAAAACAAACAACAACAGAACAGACAACACAGCAACAACAACAACAGCAACACCGACAGCAGCCAGCAAAACAGUCCGAUGAAGAGACGGAGGAAUCUUCGGAGCUGGAAGAGACUGCGGAGCAGGUGCAGGAAACCAUUCGCCGGCUGAGCUUAGUGCAGUGUCCCACAUUUCAUGACAUCUGCGAGGACAUCUCGUCGGACAAGAUCGACGACGAUCUAAAUGCCGGCGAGCUGCGACGACGUGCUUCGAUCAUACAGGAACAGGAGCAAGAGUUGCUCAACAAGCUGCAAAAGUCGAAUUCGGGAACGUUUCAGUUAAUCCACUUGGAGCGUCGCAGCAGCCAUGACAGCACCACAGCCGAUGAGUCGACAGCGGCAGCAGUUGCCAAGCAGGCAAAGAAGCGCAAGAGCAAGAAGUUGCGACACAAGAUCACCGCCAUUGUGGAUGUGGAGAAUGCGGUGACAGCUCAGACACAAUCACAGCAACUGCAACUGCAACAGCAACAUCAUAUGCCGAGUGUGUUGGAACUAAACGAAGAGCAGGCAGCAAUAGGCAACCCGCCAUUGAGUCCCAAGCCCAAGUUUACGGUGAAUGUGGAGACGGUGGAGGAGCAUCAGCAGAUACACAAGAUCUUUAAGUUGCCCAAGAAAAAGGUGGCGCCACCCAAGGCUUCGCAAGUGGAUCAAGUGUUGCCCGAGGGCUUCAUGAAAGCGGCGCCCAAGGCAAAGACAUCGCCGAUUAAGAAGCCAAGCAAGCCCAAGGUAGAGGAUCAAGCAAAGCUGUUGGAGAAGGAGAAACUAGAGGAAGAGGAGAAGCAGCUGCAGGAGAAGAUGCAAGAGGAGAGAAUACAGCAAGAGGAGAAGUUGAAGCUGGAGAAAUUGCAACAAGAGAAGUUGCAAGAGGAAAAAUUGAAGCAGGAGAAGUUGCAAGAGGAGAAAUUAAAGCAGGAGAAAUUGCAAGAAGAGGAAAAGUUAAAGGAGGAAAAACUGCAACAAGAAAAGUUGCUGCAACUUCAGAAGGAGAAGUUGCAACAGGAAAAGCUGCUGCAGGAAAAACAGCAACAGGAAAAACUGCAACAGGAAAAAUUGAAGCAGGAGAAAUUGGAACAGGAGAAAAAACAGAAGGAGAAACUACAAAGGGAGAAAUUACAGAAAGAGAAACUGCAAAGGGAAAAAUUGGAACAGGAGAAAGUGCAAAAGGAAAAACAGCAGCAGAAACUGCAGGAGGAGAAAUUGAAGCAGGAAAAAGAGCAAAAGGAAAAAGAGCAAAAGGAAAAAGAGCAAAAGGAAAAAGAGCAAAAGGAACAACAGCUCAAGCAGCAACAGCAACAACAAGCGGGAGUUGCGCAGAUUUUCACCUUCGACGAGGCCGCAAUUCAACAGAAUCAGGCAACCAUGACGCCUGCGGCCACGCCCACGCCCGCAGCAAUAAAGCAAGAGGGCGUGGCGACGCCCAAACCCAUCAGGAAGGCGAUACAAAAGUCGGAGAGCGGCGAGGACUUUUGGUCGCAGAUCGGAUCCCGGGAGACGCUCUACAUGAACAAUCGCAAGAAGGUGAUUAGCGAUCGGCAGCUGGAGACAACCAGCGAGGAGGCAGCAACAUCUCCCAAGGAAGCAGCAACAGCAACAGCAACUCCCUCAGCAUCAUCAGCAACACCGACACUAAAGUCUGCAAUACACAUUGAACUCAAGCAGCCAGCAACAACCUCAAAUGGCAAAUCGCUGCCAGCAACACCAGCCAUAACUUUGUCGAAUUCAACACCAGCAACACCCAAGUUGACAACGAAAUCGGAACCAGCAACACCUCUUGCAACCAGUUUGCCCAAAGCAACGCCAGCAACACCUAAGCCAAACGGCACAGCAGCAACAGCAACAGCAACUGUUGCUAAAACCGAAACAUCUCCCAAAUCAACAGCAACUGCAACCAAAACGGAAGCAGCCACAACAGCAACAACUCCAAAGAGCACGGCAGCAACAUUGAAGCCGGCUGAUAAGCUAGCGACAACAGUUGCAAAGCCAGUGACAACAGCAACGGUUGCUGCUGCAAAGGAACAACAACAAUCUGGCAACGCUGCAGUCAGCACAACUACUGUAGUCAUGACAACCGCAUCAACAAUAGCAACAGGCAAAUCAAAACUGUGCGAAACGGCGGCAACAACAGCAGCAGCAACAACAGCAACAACAACAACAGCAGCAGCUACGGCAGCGCCAAAAAUAAAUACCGGGCAAGCGGCCAAGUCACCUGAACAACAACAGGCAGCGGCAGCGAAAAUAAAUAAAACAACGCAUAAUAAUGAGCGACAACAACAGCAGCAGCCGCAGCAGCAGCAACCACCAAGCAACGCAGCAACAUCCAAGCAAGAAACGGAAACUAAAACGAAAUUGACGGAAAUUGUUGAGCCAAAGUCAAAGGUGCAAUCACCGAAAGCGACAACAACAGCAGCAGCAGCAGCAAAGCCAAAAGCAGCAGCAGCCAAAAAGAAAGCCACAGCAGCAGCAGCAACUCCGACAACAGCAGCGGCAACUGAAACGUUGCCGGACAGCAAUGUGACCCCAAUCAAUGCCGAUCAAUUUAUAUCGUUGGCCCCCACAAAGGCGGCCAUUGCAGCGGCCACAAAUGCGUCAUCGCCGGCAACUGCAACAGCAGCAGCAGCAGCCACAACAGCAACAGCAGCAACCACAACAGCAACAGCAGCGACAACGCCUACAACAACAGGCGAUGCGCUACGCGAUGUUGUGGCGAAUGUUGCUGACAACAACGGCGGCGACGACGUCGUCGACAACAACGACAAAGACAACGAAGACGACGACAACAGCUGCGGCGAAGGCGUCGGCAAUAAUUUAUCAAAGUUUGCAACAGUAUCGAAUUUGGCACAGUGUCUGCGAGACGUUGACGCCGAGCUAGACGACUAUAUACCAUCGUCGGCGGAAAAUAGCGAAGAUAGCAGCGACGAUAGCAGUUUUGACGAUUCCUCCAGCGCGAACGGUUUAGACAACAACAAUCUCAAUCUUAGUGCCAGCAUGAAGAAGAAACAGCGCAAAGAGAAGAAAAAACAAAAGGCCAAAGAUGCCAAAGAGGCGCCAGCACGUUUCGAUCCCCAGAAGAAGAUCAAAAUCGAUCCCAGCACCAAGUGUUAUGUGAAAGAGGAGGCGCCACGCUAUCCCCUCGUUGCCACGCCCCGUCCGCUGUGGAAGCGCGAGAAGAUCGUGUAUUCCGAUGAGAAUACCGAUGAUGAGAGCAGCUCCGAGGGCAGCGAGGCAACGGGCGGUUCCCUCGACGAGGAGAGCGACGACGAUGACAGCGAUGCGUGCAGCAGCAACAACAGCUCCAGCUCCGAGGAGUUUGACGACGAGGCAGCAACCAGAGGAGGAACCAGAGCAGCAACAGCCACAAAUACAUCAGCAACAUCAGCAACAGCAGCAGCAGCAGGAACGACGGCAGCAACAAAUAAGACACACUUGGCGGCACCAGGACAAGCGUCCACUUCCACAUCGACCUCGCUGUCGGCAUCGGUAUCGGCAUCGAGUUCGCCUUCGAUCAUCAGGAUGAGCACGUGCAGCAAUGAUUCCGGCUUUGAGGGCGGCACUGCGCCGUCCAGUCCCAAAAAGAUGUUGGAAUGUGACGUGAAUUGUCACAAGAAAUGCGAACGUCUCACGGCCAAUUUAUGCGGCGUCAAUCAGAAACUCAUCGUCGAGGCGCUCAACCACGUAAAACGAGGCGCACGUGAGGCAAGAGAUUCACCCAGCACACCGCCCAGCUGCAAUCCCGCCUACAAGAUCGAGGCCAACGAUGAACACGAUGAAACAUCAUAUACAUAUUCACAAUUCCAAAAAUCCGGACGUUUCACAGCGCCAGCAACAGUAAUACCUAGAUUUAAGAAUUAUUCGGUAGAUGAUUUUCAUUUUCUGGCCGUGCUUGGCAAAGGAAGUUUCGGCAAGGUACUGCUGGCUGAGCUGCGUGAUACAACAUAUUAUUAUGCCAUCAAGUGCCUGAAGAAGGAUGUCGUGCUGGAGGACGAUGACGUCGACUCAACGCUGAUCGAACGCAAAGUUUUGGCAUUGGGCACCAAGCAUCCAUAUCUAUGCCAUCUGUUUUGCACAUUUCAAACAGAGAGUCAUCUGUUCUUUGUGAUGGAAUAUCUAAAUGGCGGAGAUCUCAUGUUCCACAUCCAGGAGAGCGGACGCUUCUCCGAGGAGCGUGCACGUUUUUAUGGCGCCGAAAUCAUAUCUGGCCUCAAGUUUUUGCACAAGAAGGGCAUUAUCUACAGGGAUCUCAAAUUGGACAAUGUAUUGCUGGACUAUGAGGGUCAUGUGCGUAUUGCUGAUUUUGGCAUGUGCAAAUUGCAAAUCUAUUUGGAUAAGACGGCCGAUAGUUUUUGCGGCACACCCGAUUACAUGGCGCCCGAAAUCAUCAAGGGUGAGAAAUACAAUCAGAAUGUGGAUUGGUGGUCAUUCGGUGUGCUGCUCUACGAAAUGCUAAUCGGACAAUCGCCAUUCAGCGGCUGCGAUGAGGACGAACUCUUCUGGUCGAUCUGCAAUGAAAUUCCAUGGUUCCCCGUCUAUAUAUCCGCCGAAGCAACUGGCAUACUUAAGGGCCUGCUGGAGAAGGAUUACACGAAGCGCAUUGGAUCACAGUAUAGUCCGGCUGGCGAUAUUGCCGAUCAUAUAUUCUUCCGGCCCAUCGAAUGGAAUCUGCUCGAGAAGCGGCAAAUUGAGCCGCCCUUUAAGCCCCAAGUGAAACAUCCAUUGGAUACGCAAUAUUUCGAUCGUGUGUUUACUCGAGAGCGUGUCCGUCUCACGCCCAUCGAUAAAGAAAUACUCGCUUCCAUGGAUCAGAAGCAGUUCCAUGGCUUUACCUACACAAAUCCCCACAUCACCCUGGACUAGAGGGUUCAUUGAACUAGCAAUUAAGAAGAUGAUGAAGAAGAACUUAUCGUACUUAGUUAAUAAAUUAAUACACUCGUAUAACCCCAAACAAGAAUUACUUCAUAGAGCAACAGUAUUUGUAUAUGUAUGUAUAUAUAUCUAUCUAUCUUUCGAUUAUGAUAAUAAUGAUUAUGUUUCUGUCAUAAGUGAUGAUGCGAGUCUCAUUUAGCUCGUUAUUUAUUUAUUAAUUAGAUUUACUUAAGUGUCACAAUUGUUCAAUUUCCUAGCCAACUAACAAUACUCUUAAUCGAGAGAGAGAGAGUCUGAGAUUUCUUCUCACAUCACUUUUUUUUUUUUGGUUGGCUUCGAAUACGUUUAUAAUGCUAGUCAUCUUAGUUAAUACUCGGUAAAUCUCGAAAUAAGAUAACUUAUAUAAUAUAUCUCUCUGUACAUAUAUCACAUUAAUACUUACUAUCGAUUAAUUUUUUUUUUUUGCAAUUGGGUCUAAAUUAGUUGUACAAGCUCUAAACCAAAGUCUACAUAUGUAAUCGUAUGUAUAUGCUAAAUAAUUUUAAAAUAAAAUGCC